AUGGCGAUGAGAAUGUGGUUCACCUUGGUUGCAGUGAUCCAGGCUGUCCUCACAUCUUCCUCAGAGGCUCAAACACAGAAAGCAAUUUGCAAAAAUGUCUUUGCUGCUGAUAUUGUCUACCUCGUCGAUGGCUCCUCAAGCAUUGGAAGAGUCAACUUUGAAGAAGUCAAAGAUUUUAUUGAAGCAACCAUUCAACCGUUUGUAGAUGUAAUUAGUCAAAGUGCGGUCAGAGUUGGCCUGGUACAGUACAGUGAUGACCCAAGGAUUGAAUUCUCUUUUGAGGACCACAGCAACGGAUCCCAAAUACUGACUGCCAUCCGCAAUUUGCGUUAUAAAGGUGGGAACACAAGAACGGGGGCGGGAUUGAAAUACGUAGCAGACAACUUCUUUGGAUCUGCUAAGCUGAGGCGUGCUGUGCCCAAGAUUGCUAUCUUGAUAACAGAUGGAAAAUCACAGGAUAACGUUGAUCGACCAGCCUUGAAACUACGGAGCCAAGAUGUUAAAUUGUUUGCCGUUGGGAUUAAGAAUGCCGAUAAGAAGGAACUUGAUGACAUCACCUCAACACCUGCGAAGGAAUAUUCCUUCUUUGUGAAUGACUUUAAGAUCCUCCGGACUCUCACUCCACUCAUUUCAAGGAGGGUUUGUUCCAUUACCGGGGGAACCCUGGAUGCACCAGAGGUUACUCAAGUGCCUAAUGGCCCCUCAAAUCUGAUCUUCAGCGACGAAGGCUUUGAAUCAAUGCGAAUUCGAUGGACUGCAGCACAUGGGCCAGUGACAGGAUACAAAGUUCAGUACACGCCCUUCAGUGUUCUGGGCCUCCCAAUCUCUGCAGAGCUCCGAGAGAUUACUGUCCGUCCGGGUGAAAACUCUGCUCUUUUACAAGGACUGAAACCUGCAACGGAAUAUCUGGUCACAGUGAUAGCUCAGUAUGCAAACAGUAUUGGGGAAUCCACUGCAGGCAAGGGCAGGACAAAAACACUACCUGGAGUUUCCAAUUUCCGAGUGGCCAAACCUGGACACUUCCGACUGAAACUGGCGUGGAAGCCUCCCGCUCUCCCUCUGCAAGGAUACCGGCUGACCUACAAGACGAGAGGUGACACAGACCCACAGCUGGAGGAGAAGACCCUGAGGUCAAAUGCCAACUCUUUCAUCCUUGAAGAGUUACUGCCAGACACAGAGUACGACAUUACCAUUCAUCCCAUCUACCCGAGGAAUACAGCAGCACCGACCUCAAUCUCUGGCAGGACUUUGCCUCUGGAAUCAGUGCAACAACUGACCGUUCACAACGUGACUCCGCAGAGUGUGCGGGUGUCAUGGAGGAGAGUGAGUGGCAUUUCGGGCUAUCAUCUGAAGUGGGGACCAUCCGCAGGAAGGGAUGUCCUGACGGUCAGUCUGGAGCCAUCUACUGAAUCGUACCAUAUCCAAGGUCUUUUGCCAAACACCGAUUACACAGUAACAAUCGCCACUUUAUAUGGAAGAAUGGAAGGACCUCCUGCAAAUACCAGGCUGAAAACAGAUGUGGCAGGAGGUUUGGUCUUGAGGACAGUUGCGAUUAGUCCAACUGCUAUUCGUGUGACGUGGAACCUCCAACACGAUGCCAGCAGCUACAGGAUUGAGUGGAGGAAGGCUGCAGAGGAACAGAUACAAUCACACAAAGCUGUGCUGUCUGCCACCGCCAACAACUAUGACAUUAUCAACCUCUCUCCUGGUACUGAAUAUGCCAUCACACUCUACACGCUGUAUAAUGGCAGGGAAGUAGCAACACCAGCCACCAUGUCAAAGACAGUGGAAAAGGAAAUCCCGUUGGGCACCGUCGCAAAUCUGCGAGCAGUGGAUACAACAGGAGGCCGGAUUCGGAUCAGCUGGACUGCAGUACCAGGAGCAACAGCUUAUAAAAUUGUCUGGAGAGAUCAAUCAGGAUAUGAGGUAACCAGAAUUGUGUCACAUGACACAACAAUAUUUGACAUUGACCGAGUGCAACAAGGAGGAACCUAUUACAUUAACGUGUCGCCACUUUCUGGAGGCAGAGAAGGAAAUCCUGUCAGCGUUGUGGUUCAAGCAGCUACAGCCAUUGAGCGUGUGACGGAACUCCGUGCCCUUGAGACUCGGAGUAAUCUUAUUCGAAUAACCUGGCGAGGGGUGCCCCAGGCAACAGCGUACAAGGUCACGUGGAAGCGUGCUGACGGAACUGAGGAGAGCCAAGUGCUGAGUAGCUCCACCAAUGUAUUUGAUGUCGAACGCUUGCAGCCGAAUUCAGUGUACGUGAUUGGAGUUUCGGCAAUGGUGGGAAACAGACAGGGACCUCUCGCCACCGUCACUGCGAGAACUGAAUCGCUCGUGGGUCGUGUGACGAACCUUCAUGUCAUCGAAACGCAGAGCUCCCGGAUUCGAGUCAGCUGGGUUGGAUUUGCCACGGCAACGGCAUACAGAGUCACAUGGCGCCGUGCUGAUGGUGUCAAGGACAGUCGGGUUCUGAGCAGAGAUACCACCACCUUCGACAUUGAGGGGUUGCAGCCCAACACGAUGUACGCGAUUGAAGUCUCGGGACUGGUUGGAUCCCGAGAGGGAAACGUCAUGACAGUGACUACAAAGACCAAUCCCAUUGUUGGCGAUGUGACCAAUGUACGAGUGACUGAAGCUCGGCGAAACAUGCUCCGGAUCAUGUGGACUGGAGUAGGCAGGGCGUCUGCGUAUAAAAUCACGUGGAAAAGUGCGGAUGGAGUUGAGGAGAGUGAUACAGUGAGUGGCGAUGUCAAAUCAUUUAACAUCCAGAAGUUAAAGCCCAACACUGCAUAUGCAGUCAGAAUCACUCCGAUCGUUGGGAAUAGAGAAGGAAGUUCUGCCACUAUAAUGACAAAGACCGCAUCCAAAGAGGGCCAGAUAGCCGGGGUCAGCGACGUGCGAGUGCUCGAAGCCCGCAGUGAUGUCCUGCGCGUGUCUUGGGUCGGUGUUCAUGAAGCCACGUCUUACCGCAUCAGUUGGAAACGCAGUGAUGGAGGACCUGAGAUCACUAGAGUUGUACCUGGAGACGUGACGACCUUUGACAUUGCGGACUUGCAAGGCGGAGUUAAUUACCUCGUGAAAGUUGUUGCGUUGAUUAGAAAUCGAGAAGGACAGCCUGUCACAAUUACAGCCACCACUCCUGCUGUUGAACGUCCUCUGGGAGCAGUUGAGGGCCUGCGCAUCAUUGGUUCAACAACCAAACGGAUACAGAUCACCUGGAAUAGUGUGCCGGGAAGCUCUGGAUACAGAAUCCAGUGGAGACUGGCAGAAGGUGGCCUGGAGACUACACGGAUGGUUACAGCAAACACCAACACGUUUGACAUCCUGAACCUGCGACCAGGGACGAACUACAUCAUCAGAGUCUCCUCACUUUUCGGGAACCGUGAAGGGGUCCCUGCAACAGCUACAGCUGCUACAACUCAAGCUGAAAAGGUGCAGGAUUUCCGAGUAACUGAUGUCGACACUGGCCAAAUGACCCUGGGCUGGUCCCGCGUUCCUGGAGCUACCAGCUAUAUCCUGUCUUGGAGACUUGCUACCUUGCAAAAAGAACAGCAGUCAAUCACUGUGCCAGACACAAUCAACACCUACCAGAUCACUGACUUGCAAUUUGGGAGAGAGUACGUCUUCACCAUCCGGCCUGUGUUUGGAACAGAAUUUGGACCCGAAACCUCCAUUACCGAGAGGCCUGUGUGCAGCAGAGCACGAGCUGACAUCGUGUUCCUGGUCGACGGCUCCUGGAGUAUUCAAGAGAGUAACUUUCAGAAAGUGAAACAGUUCCUGUACAACGUGGUCUCUCACCUACCUCGCAUUGGCACCGAUGCCACUCAGGUGUCAGUGGUUCAGUACAGUGAUGAGUCCAAAAUUGAAAUUCCACUUGGUCGAUUUGGCACCCACAGGGAGCUGCUCCAGGCCAUAAGGGAACUUCCAUAUCAAGGCGGUGGGACUCAAACAGGGAAGGCGAUCAAUUUUGUCCUGGAUUACGUAUUCCAGCAGGCAGCUGGGAGACGCCCCGGUGUCCCAGCCCUGCUGGUCCUGGUGACAGAUGGGCGCUCUGAUGAUGGAGUUACAGAAGCUGUCAGGAGGGCAGAGGCUGCAGGCAUCCAUCUGUUCGCUGUUGGAAUUGGUCACGCGGAUGUUAAUGAACUGCGGAGAAUCGUUACUGGCAGAGACGCCAACAACAUCGUCUACGCAGAGAACGUCGACUCACUCAGUCAGUUUGAGGGGGCUCUGGCCAACAUAAUCUGCAUUGCCGCUAGCAGACCAGGGACAUCGACACCACACCAUUGUGUUACCCAGUGCCCUCAGGGUGAGAAGGGGGAACCAGGAAGAGAUGGUCAUCCUGGAUUGCCAGGUCCACAGGGUCCGCCAGGUCCAAUCGGACCGCCAGGGAUCCCGGGAACUGGAGAUGGAGGGCACGGAGGGCCAAAGGGCGAGAAAGGAGAUCCGGGAUACCCAGGAAGAGAUGGCCAACCGGGAACGCCAGGCAGAACUGGACACACCGGCUCGACAGGACAGCCAGGGAGUCAAGGGUCCCCAGGAUUGAGAGGAGAGAGGGGGGAGCCUGGAACACCAGGACGAGUCGGGCCUCCAGGUCAAAAGGGAGAAAAGGGUGAACCUGCUACAUAUGUUACACCUGGUGGAGGCUAUCCUGGCAGAAAGGGCGAGCCCGGUAAUCCAGGUGCUCCUGGUUCACCUGGGUUUCCUGGACAAAGAGGUGACAAUGGGCCCCCUGGUCAAGUCGGGCCACAAGGUCCCAUCGGUCCUCCAGGACCUCCUGGGAGGUCUAUCAAGGGGGAAAAGGGAGAACCAGGUGAGAGAGGCGUUCCAACAUCGGGAGAUGGAGCAGGUCAGAAAGGAGAGCCGGGCCGCCCAGGAAGUCCUGGUGAGUCUGGUAGCCCAGGACCAAGAGGACCCCCUGGGCCAACAGGACAGAAAGGUGAAAAGGGCAACGCAGGUGAAGGUUUCUCAGGACCACCAGGGCGCCAAGGAGAACCAGGUGACCGGGGACCCAGAGGAUCUCAGGGUGAACAGGGUGACAAGGGAGACCGAGGUCAGCCGGGGGAGACUGGUUUGCCGGGAUCCCGGGGAGAAAGGGGACCUCCGGGACCAUCGGGGCUUAAGGGAGAUCAAGGGCUGAUCGGACCACCUGGUGUUCCGGGAUCAGUUGGAUUGCCAGGUACAAGUGGCCCCAGAGGUGAAAAGGGAAACGAGGGACGACAAGGAGAACCAGGGCGUUCUAUCACUGGCCCACCAGGAAGCAAAGGUGACCGGGGUGAGCGUGGACCACCAGGAAUCCCAGGGGAGAAGGGAGCAAAGGGCAAUCCAGCAGAGAAAGGCAAUAAGGGUGAGACUGGAUAUGGUAUCCCAGGGCAACCAGGGCCCAAAGGCGAUCCAGGUGAAAGGGGGAAUAUUGGACUUUCUGGGAGACCGGGAGAAAAGGGAGAUCGAGGAGCAAGCGGAGAGAAAGGGGAGCCGGGUAGAAUGGGAUUGCCUGGACCAAGUGGACCCCGCGGGAAAGAGGGUGAAAAGGGGAACAAAGGCGAUGAAGGGAAACCGGGAGAGACGGGAUUACCAGGGCGUACUGGGGAGAGAGGACUUCGAGGUGUCCCUGGAACGGAUGGUGCCUCUGGAGUGAAGGGAGAUGCUGGUGAACCAGGAAGGUCAGGAAGAGAUGGGAUCAGGGGUCCUACAGGAUCAAAGGGAGACCAAGGUGAAAAAGGAGAAAAGGGAACACCAGGACCGCCCGGACCUCCCGGAAAACUGAUCAGUUUGGAAGACAGAAUACCAGCGGUUAAAGGGGAAAAGGGUGAUCCUGGCAAGCCCGGCGAGUCUGGACUGAGAGGUCCCAGAGGGGAGACUGGCCUCGCUGGCGCAACAGGCGACCGAGGUUUGGAAGGUCAAAGAGGCCCCCCAGGCCCACAGGGAGAUCAAGGCCCAAGAGGAUUCCCAGGGGAAAAGGGUGACCGAGGAUCCCCGGGGCUGGACGGCAGAAGUGGACAAGAUGGGAAGAAUGGUCCACCUGGCCUCCCUGGAUUGAGGGGCGAGACGGGGAAGCAAGGUCAACCCGGAAGGGAUGGUUUGCCAGGCCUGAGGGGAGAACAAGGACCACCAGGAGCUGUGGGCCCUCCUGGCUUGUCGGGGAAUCCCGGUAAACCAGGGAUUGAUGGAAAGCCAGGAAUUCCUGGAAAGAAUGGAGAGAACGGGAUUUCAGGAGAGGACGGAAAAAAGGGUGAGAAAGGUGAUCCAGGAAACCCUGCAAGAGAUGGUCGAGAUGGUGCUAAAGGUGUGCGUGGAGACCCUGGGCUGCCAGGACUCAUUGGCCCACCUGGGCUUCCAGGUGUGAUCGGACUUCCAGGACCUCCUGGGCAGGUCUUAUUUAUCAAAGGACUUGACUCAUCCUCCCCAAUAGCAGGACCACAAGGGCCUUCAGGAACUCCGGGAGUACCAGGUAUCCCAGGAACCUCAGGGCAACGGGGAGAGAAGGGAGACAUGGGUGCCAAAGGUCAGAAGGGUGAACGUGGUUUUGAAGGGGUGCCGGGGACAGCUGCUAAUGUCGAAGACGCUCUAUCAAAAUUCGGGCUUAAGAUUUCAAUCCUUCAGGACUUAGUGAAAUACCACGAUGAUGGCCUACGUCCCACAGCGAUGGGGAAGAAAGGAGAGAAAGGUGACCCAGGGGAACGAGGCCAACAGGGGUCAAAGGGUGACGUUGGAAUGCCUGGUGAAAGAGGGUUUAAGGGGGACAAAGGAAGCCAGGGUUUUCCAGGGCCCCAGGGACCACCAGGCCUUGCAAUAUCAGAACGAGGUCCUGAAGGACCCCCAGGUAAACCAGGUGAACCUGGCAAACCAGGUAUCCCGGGACUGCCAGGCCGGGCUGGAGAUAAAGGAGAAACCGCACAUCCUGGAGAGAGGGGAGAGAAAGGGGCAAAAGGUGACCGCGGUGACCCCGGGAGGGACGGCGUACAAGGUCCAAGGGGUCCUCCAGGUCCUGUGGCUGAACUACCAGGGAAAGGUAUUGGUGCUCCCGGGGAGACAGGACUACCAGGGCCAAAAGGAAUAAAGGGGGAGAGUGGACAAAUUGGACCAGUUGGACCAAAAGGAGAUAAGGGUGACGUCGGAACAAAGGGAGACCGAGGUGAAAGAGGGGAAGCUGGUGAAAAAGGCAGGGACGGCUUUGCGGGGGUCCCAGGGGAACCGGGCUCACCAGGACUAGAAGGAAAGCCGGGAUUACCAGGCUUCCCUGGAGUACUGGGCCGUCCGGGUAACCCAGGAGAGCCUGGCUCACAAGGCCCUCAGGGUCCACCAGGACCUCAAGGACCCCCUGGGCCCCCUGGAGUAAAGGGAAACCAAGGUGAUCAAGGGCCAAGCAUUCAAGGCCCAGCUGGUCCUCCGGGAAACAUGGGACUUCCAGGAAAUCCAGGUGCCCCUGGCGCUGCGGGGCCCCAGGGACCUCCCGGUGUACCCGGACAAAUGGGAGACCCCGGGAAACCAGGGGUGUCGGGGAGAGAUGGACUUCCAGGACAAGAGGGAGAGAAAGGACUUCCUGGUGAAAGGGGAAGUUCAGGAAUUCCAGGUCCUGUUGGACCGAAGGGAGACACAGGACCCCCUGGAGAGUCAAUCACAGGAUUGCCUGGAGUCAAAGGAGAGAAGGGAGAGUCUGGAUUGACAUUGCCCGGAGGCACAGGGCAGAGAGGACUCAAAGGAGACGCGGGUAUGAAAGGAGACAGAGGCAUGGACGGUGCAAAAGGAGAGAAGGGUUCACAGGGUGAGCCAGGAGAGCCAGGGCAAGAUGGUUUGAGAGGGUUGCCUGGAGUUAAAGGAGAUAAGGGUGUGGCAGGAGUCGGACAACCAGGCCCAGCUGGGCAGGCUGGACCUCCAGGACUGAAGGGUGAUUCUGGUUUUCCAGGACCUCCGGGUCCUCCGGGACAGCAAGGGCCUGUUGGUAUCUCUGGACAGCCGGGCCUAAGAGGAGAAGUUGGACUUCCUGGGCCACAGGGGCCAGCAGCAGAGAGGGGUGCUCCUGGAUUUCCAGGGAGAGAUGGAGCAACUGGACCACCAGGACCACCUGGACUUCCUGGAUUACAGGGUUUGCCAGGACCACCUGGGUUACAAGGGGCCAAGGGUGAAACAGGGAUAGGAGUGCCUGGACCGAGAGGAGAAAGAGGAGAUCCAGGACCUCGGGGUGAAGAUGGAAGACCGGGGUUGACGGGAGAACGAGGACUACCUGGGCUUCCUGGUAGUCGGGGCGAAACUGGAAUCAAAGGCGAUGCUGGACCAGUUGGGCAGAGAGGAGAGAAGGGGGAAGCACUGACAGUCCCUGGAACGCCUGGACUCAAAGGAAUCAAAGGAGAGUCCGGGGAGCGUGGCCAGAAAGGAAGUGAAGGUCCGAAAGGAGUGAAAGGAGAAGAGGGACCACGGGGAGAGAAGGGACCCAAAGGAGAACAAGGAGACAAAGGUUCAAUGGGCUUCCCUGGCGCCAGAGGUGCAGGUGGACAAAAGGGUGAGGCAGGUGAACCAGGCCAACCUGGGAAACCGGGAAUACCGGGGAAGGAUGGCAGUGAUGGAGUGAAAGGAAACCGUGGUGACAGGGGAGAAAUAGGACCUCAAGGUUUCAAAGGUGACAGAGGGGCGAAAGGUGCCUGUGGCACUGAUGGAGAGAAGGGAAACAAGGGUGACCCUGGUAUUCCUGGCAGACUUGGAUUCCCUGGCAGGAAGGGGGAACAGGGUGACCCUGGUGCGCCUGGGCCCCCUGGCCUCUCUGGGAAAGAAGGUCUCAUUGGACCCAAGGGUGACCGAGGAUUCGAUGGGCUCCAGGGAGAGAAAGGAGAGCGGGGAGAGAAAGGAGAGCGGGGCUUCCCUGGUGUUGUUGGUCCCCCGGGCCUGAGAGGAGCUGAUGGAAUAGCUGGUCCCCCUGGACCUCAGGGAUCACCAGGUCCCAAAGGACCAGAAGGAAUCCAGGGUCAGAAGGGUGAACGAGGACCUCUCGGCGUGAGCAUUCCAGGUCCCAGAGGAAUUCCAGGAAUCCCUGGGGAGAGAGGAGAUCCUGGUGAAAUGGGUCCUGACGGUCAAAAAGGAGAUCAGGGACAACCAGGAAUGACGGAGGAUCAAAUCCGUGCGUUCGUGAGGCAGGAGAUGAGCGAACACUGUGGUAAGACUCUGUCUUUUCAAUUAAAGUGCAAACCAAGGGGCUGGAAGGCUGUUGUAAGCACUGCAACAUCCACUUAA